AUCGCAAUUACCGUUCUGUUUGUGGAUGAUAACGUUCUUCUUACUAAUUGAUAAGAAGAAGGAGAGAGGGAAAAAAGAAUUUGUUUGAAACCUCGUGAGUCAGAAGCAAUCAAAGAAAAGCUACACUUACAAUACCGUAGCGCACCACAAAUUUCAAAGAAGAACUCUUUUAAAACCAAGCCGASCGUACGAGACCGUAACCACCAUGGAACCUCCGUCCUCGAGCCCCUCGCACCCCAUCGAGCACCAACACCAGGAAAGCCUUGGGUACCGCCGUCCUUCCAUUGGCAACGGCAGCAUCGCCGGGACGAACGGCGGCAGCAGCGGCCGAAGCACCUCCCGGAGCGUCCUUUCUCGAGAAAAGGCAAACUCCUACGCACAAAAGCUCAACAACAGCGCCGUGUUGUGCAUAGAAAUCGGGGAGCACGAGCGAGCCAUAAAGUCUCUGGGAAAGGCGCUGAAACUCCUGGAACGCAGCAGCAGCUGUAGCAGCGGCAGCGGUGGCCCCUCGUACGCGGGGGAUCCGUGCUGCGAUUGCACCCUCGAUGGGUGCCUCUCGUACUCCGAAACCAUCGUCGAUGCCAUCGUCCUGGAACGGGAGAUGAAGGAAAACGGGGGGACCGGACGCUCCGACUAUGUCGCCAACGGACCCAACACCAAGAAACGGAGACUGUCCCCUCCGCGAUCGUCCGUUCCAUGCGCUCCGCAAGAACAAGAACAAGACGCGAGCAACAACAGAUACUUCUGGACUCCCCCAGAGGAAGAAGACGGCCGCCUCAAAAGCAGCCCCGGAUCGAUAUACCGGAGGCCGAUCCGCAUACCUCCUCGAUACAUUCUCGAAGGCUCGAUCGAGGAAUCGACACUCGUGUCCGUCAUCAACUUCAACAUCGCCCUGGCCUUCCAGCUGUGGAGCAUCGCGCUCGGCACGGCAAGCGUUACCGUUGCGUGCAACACAACGACGAGUGCRGCAGCAAGCACCAGAAAGGAAGAAACCAAGCGCCAGAGGCAGGCAAGAUUCUCCGAUAUCGCGAUCAGGCUCUACACCCUCGCCGACCCGUCGAAGCACGGGMGCUCCGAAGAGACCGGCAUUUGCCCGUGCACCAGCGAAGAGGAACCGCCAAGCAGAGAGGGCGACGUUUGUCCGCAGCAAAGUCCGCGUCCGAGCAGCAACCGGCACUCUUCCAAGAACUGCGGUAAUCACAUUCGGUUCCACAUGAUUGUGUGCAACAACUUGAGUCAGCUCUACCGAUCUAUAAACAAUGUACCGAAGCACAAAGAAUGCCUCCAGGACUUGCUGUCGUCCAUAGUUCUCUUGGUUGAUCAAUACCAACGGCAGGUACAGGAACAGCAUUUCGAAUCAAGCAACUCGUAUGGCGAUCAAGGCGAGGCAGCAGCAGCACUUCACUUGGAUCUGCUUCAACAGGAUUAUUGCGAGGACGAAGAAGACGUCUCUAUUCUGGCAACUACUACUAGUUUUGCGAGGAGAAGAAGAGCAUCGAUUGGUUGCCAAUACCAUUUGCACGAAUUUGCACAUAACACUGCACAUAUUGUCCUCCGACAGUACUGUGCAGACGCUGCUUAGACGCAAUAGAUUGUAUUGUAUUUGACACUUGAUACCAGAUACAAUGUAUGCACAUAGUACAAUCUAAACAAUUCUAAGUUGGAAAUGUAUUAUUAUCAAACAAUCGACUACAAACUGAUCUAUAGAUACAACUGUAAAGAGCGUAMUAAUCAAUAGAUGCAUGGUUAAUAUUUGCUACAACAUGAUGUUGAAAUAAAACUGCUCGUGUAUCAUAACAUCUCUGCUACCAUAGACGCGAGGAAAGCACGUAAACACACUAUGCGAUAAAAAGAGGUGAAGUUUCUAGUAUUUCCGCUGCAUCGUCAUAAAAUAAACCUACCGUACCAACAGGUAGUUCGUUACUACGUACCGUAAUAGUAAAGUACCGGCCAGAAGGCACGAGUCCGAUGCAGUACAUCCCGAAAGUCAACUGGCAACGUUCGUCGGUACGUACUUGUACUACUCCGUAGCUACUGCAGCUGUCGGGUGCCGCGUCCCUGGCUGGCAACAAAAAGCUAUCCCCKGCAGUGGUCCCACUCCCGCCUGCCUCGAACAGUGGGCUGGCACAUUAUCGUUUCGCAACACCGCAGCUCCACGGGACGUUGCACAGGCGCUUUGCACUCUAGCAGCGGCCAAAAACAUCGUGCGGUGGUCCCAUGCCUUCAUCCAUAGAAUUCGUCGCUGUAUGUUGGUCCGAGAUGCGAGCGGUUUCUACACKACGYGUUGAAUUCGCAUUUCUGURGAUCGUGCAGAUUGUUGUUUCUAGAACGCGCUUGGAAUGUCAAUCGCUAUUAGUUUUGAAAUCGGCAUCCGGUUGGCGAUGAUUCCUGAUUGCUAAUGAUACAAUCGAACCUUUCGAGUCUUUCGUAGCUUCCAACGGGAUGCGCUCUGGGUCGUGAUAUUAUCCUCCGCCAUACGGUAUGUUCGAAGAAACAGUAUUAUCUUCUUAGUGACUACGUACUACGAGUUUCAUAACAAUUGAAACCGGACUCAGCCAGACGAGAGCAAUAAGAAAUAAUUUCAAGUUCUACUAAACUUUGAUUUGAAGUUAUUAACUUUUGCUCGUACAUCAUGUACCAGGUUCUACUGAGCUUGUUUUUAAAAUGACCGAUUCCCCUCAAAACAAAACAAAACAAAAUGGUUCGAGGUGAUUCAAUUAUGAAUCCUGGCCUUUCAAUCAUGAAUGCCAUCCAAAAACUGCAUCAACUACGUGAUUAAAUUAGGUAUUUAGAC